GCCAUUUCUUAUUCAUUAAUCUUGCAUUGUAUGAAUUGUCAUCAGGUAAUUUGUUAGCAUUCUAGCUUUACGUUUCAAAAAACAAAAUAUAAUAAAUAAAUAAAUUAAUUAAUAAAAGACUGUCUUUGCUAAGCAACAGCUUAUAUUAAGGGCUUUAUUAAAUUAUUUUGUUUACAAUAUUUAACCUCCUGGAAUUAUAUUAAUUUUUUUUCAUAUAACUUUUUAUUAAUAUUUAAUUUUAACGGUAUACAAUGUUUAAAAAACCAAAUGAUGACGAAGGUGGUGGUGAAGAUGGUAAUGGUGAAGAUGAAAAUGAAGAUGGUAUUAAUGCUGAUGCUGCUGCUGCUAAUGAUGAUGAUGAUGAUGCUACUAAUGAUGAUGACGAUGAUGAUGAUGACGAUGAUGAUGAUGACGAUGAUGAUGAUGAUGAUGAUGAUGAUGAUGAUGAUGAUGAUGAUGAUCGUAAUUUUACAUUGCUUAUUUUGUUCAUUUUCCAAAAAGUUGUGGUAAAAGUAGUACUUUCACAUGGGGAAUUUUUGUACUUCUACCAAGGGGAAUGUAUGGUGAUAUUUGCAAUUAUUUGCAGUGACUAA